AUGGUGUACUUCGUCGGCCCACUGCGCGAGGGACUUGCCUCGCUGCUCUCCACGUGCUUCACCGCCGCACUGGUUUUGGGCAUUGGGGCGCCGUACAUGCCCGGCCUGCUUCCCGCCACCGUCAUUGCGUGGGCGGAGCGGCGACGCACGAUGAUCAUUGCACUUGGCUUCCUCAUGAACCUCGUCGCGACGAACCUCCGCCAGUCAGGCGCCUUCGAGGUGUACCUUGACGACACACGCAUUCACUCCAAGCUUGAGACGGGCACGGUGCCAACAGCAGCAGCGCUCGCGCGACAGAUUCUGGAGCGUAUCGCCGCAGCGCAGCAGUAA